AUGAACCCUGAAGAACAGUUUACCCUAGAAAAUCAGGGAUCGAGGCAGACACGACAGCAACAGCAGCAGCAGCAGCAGCAGCAGCAGCAGCAGCAGCAACAACAACCAGUGUUUCAACCUCCUCGAGUGGAUCGUCACUAUGAGUAUCCUGUUCAAAAUAUUUAUUUGCAACCACAGUCACAACCUCAACCUCAACAACUACCCAUGGGCGAUACACAAAAUUUCAUUGCACCAGGGGUUCAGCUACCGGCCCAACUUCCCCAACAGUCGUAUCAAACGACGAGUGGUGUAACACCUUCCCAUGCGAGACAUGGCAGCAUUGGUCUUGAUCUUAGUAUACCUCCACCACCACACUUGCAAACUCCACAACAGCAGCAACAACAACAACGACAACAUCAACAACUACAACAACAGCAGCAGCAGCAACAACCUGGUAUUGGGACUUUCCGAGGGUUUCCCCCUAAAAGUCAACAAACUAAUAUGGCGUUCAAACAACCCUCGACUCAGAACAUCUAUCAACCUCCACAACUGUUGCAACCCCUUCAACAACUCACGCAGCCACAGAUACAACCACAGGUACAACCGCCCAAUGCUUUGAACUUUCAAGGUGGGUUCCCGCAACAAAUGGCUGGCAUACCGGAUGUGGCUUUGUCUAUGCCGAGUUCGUCUCGACAACAACAGCAACAAGCUGAUCGACUAAAUCCGCAUUUCCAACAGACUUAUAGCAUUCCACCAUAUCAAACCAGCUCUAUGGGAGCACCAACUCAAAUGUCCUUGCAGCCAUUACCGGAAGGCACGACUUCGCUUCAAGAAGCUGCCGCUACGGCGGCGGCGGCGGCGGGGCCACCGGUGGAGGAACUGCCCGUGCAGCGAAGUCGGAGCAAACGACAUCGACGCACUGGAUCAACUUCAAGUACAGGAGGUGGCGCAGUUGCAAAUGAGCACGAUUUGAAACAGUUGGCAAUGGAAAAACUGGCGACACCAUUGGCAGAAUUGGCCCAGAGGAUCAAGUUGUUGGAGAAUGAUCAGCAACAACCACAGCAACAGCAGCCACAACCACAACUGCAACUGCAACACCCACAGCAGCAGCUGCAACAACAACAACAAUUGACCAGUGCUGUUGUUACAGGUAUACUGUCAUCCCUGUCUUCCUCAGAUCCUAGCAACAACAAGGAAACCCAACGGCUGAUAUUCGGAAUGGUUUGGCUACUCAAUUCAUGUGAAGUUUCUCCCACGGCAGUGAUACCGAGAAAUAGAAUCUAUGCCAGGUAUGUGCAAAUAUGCGCCGAUUUUGGCCUCUCCCCCUUGUCACCGGCAAGCUUUGGCAAAUUAGUAAAGAUAUUGUACCCCAAUAUAACCACGAGAAGACUUGGAAUGCGAGGCCAAUCUAAAUACCAUUAUUGUGGUGUCAAGUUGAAAGGCGAUGAGAAUAUGCAGCUGCAAAUGAUCCACCAACAACAACAGCAGCAGCAGCAACAGCAGAUACAACAACAGCAGCAGCAGCAACAGCAGAUACAACAGCAGCAGCAGCAACAACAAUUGAUGAGUGGUUUUACUAGCGGCUCGGUGCAAUCGCCGGCUUCUUCAGUAAGUUCCUCGGUGUCAUUUGAAGAGUCGCCAAGCUCAUUGCAGCAAAUUCAGUCGCCAUCAUAUAUGCCAAUCAAUUCUCCAAGUAUUAGAACAUCCUCUGCUUUUGCAAGUCAAUUGCCGCUGGUGGCUCAUAUGAAAUAUGUUCCGAACCUUUUCAACUUGUUAAACGACGAGACGAUUUCUCUGGAGACUUUUCCCUAUUCCCCAAUAGUGUUGCCGUCCAUCUACCCGUAUUUGCCCAAUGAUGCCGAUCGUGACCUUGCAGACACUUUGCAUUCGCUAUACAAGGUCCAUGUCAACUCAGUUUUUGAAUCAUUGAGAUAUAUGCAGUUGAAAAAGUUGUUUAGUUGCUUCAACAACUUCAAUAGUAUUCUCACAGUACCGGUGUUCCGAUUGUAUACGACUGAUUCCGUCUUGGAAUGGGUUAAACAAUGCGAUUUGUUGAUGUACAAGAAAAUGAUCCGCAUGUUGUCCAAACUUCGACUCCAGUUUAUGAUGCCGCAAGAAACCAUUGAUCAACUUAAACUGAUUGCUCACACUUUUCUCAAAACGUUGUCAAACAGCAUUGUUACAAACAACAAGAUACCCAAGAACUUUAUUAUUAUGAAGCUCAAGCUAGCCAAGCAUUUCAUAAACUUGUUGAAUCGUUUAAUCAAAAACUUGGAGACGGGCCAGCCCGCGUCACGUAUCCUCAAUGACGAGAAUGAGACCCUAGCCAUGGUUCAAGAUUGGACCAAACUAAAUUUUGACGAGUUGGUUGGACGCGAGAUACCUUGCAACGAGCAAAACAUAAACUUGUUGAUCCACAUCAUGACUUCAGAAGUGCCGGCACUUAUCCGGCCACCGCCGCCGCCGCCUCCUGGUGAAGAACCAAGUGAUGCAACAGGUUUCCCGCCCUCGAUGCAAAUGAAUAAAUUUGCCGAGUUUGUGGGGGAUCUACCCAACCGAUUUCCUACUAUCAACGCGAGGUUAUUCUUGCUCUUGACCUCGAAUUUCCUCACAACAUGUCUUCGAGAAAUCAGCUUGUCAAGUGGCGAAGGGUUUGGAGCAUGGUGGAUAGUCCGAUGCUGGGUUGAUGAGUAUUUGGCAUUCCAUAUGGAACUUGGUGGGUUCUUUAAGAGUGAUUUAAAACCACGCUCCUCGCAUCUGCAUCGUGCAUCUCAUUCGCAUUCAUCGUCGAUUUUCCUUCAGAACCAGCAACAGCAGCCGGACUAUUUGUUGUAUGAAGGUCAGCAAGGUAAUCCUGGCUCGUCAACGCAGCACCAACUGCAGCUGCAAUACUUGUCAUCCAGCUACGAUAGUUCAUUUGGGCCAAUUGAUUUAUUGGAGACUUCAUUUGACUUUGACCCGAGAUCUUUGGCCACGGGAGAUGUUCUACCUGAACAAACUGACGCGCCUCUUUGA